AUGGCCGUGGACCCGAAAGAUACACCUCCAGCCGUCAGGAAUCUGAUCCAGACAGUCACACGAUGCUUCUAUGAUACUCGGCAAAUUAUUGUCAUUGAUGCUCUGCUGAAGCACUUGGCGUUACGGGAUGAUGAGCUUGGUUUAAUGCUGAACGGUAGUGGCGGCAAGAAUAACAAAGAAGUACACAAGAUUUGUGGAAAGCUGCGGGAAGACCGGCUGCUGAACCAGUCCGUUUGUCCGUCUACGUUCUCCCGAAUUGUGACGCGGCCAGAAAUCAAGGAAGGCCAGCAACGUCCAAUAAACCGCAAUUACUACUAUAUUGAUCUUAGACCGACCAUCGAUGCUAUCAAAUGGCGUGUAUACAAGCUUGUGAAAGCCGUUGAAGCCACUACAAGGAACGAUUAUGAUACCAACGGAUACAUCUGCCCUCAAUGCAAGAAGAGAUUUGGACCGCUGGAGGUGGUGUCAUUGUGGGGUCCUGACAUGUUAAACUUUAUUUGUGAUAACUGUGGAGCUGUCUUGACAGAGGAUACAGAGAGCGCAGAGAGUAAAGCAAGUCAUGAGAGGAUGAACCGGUUGAUGGCGCAGCUGAAGAGAAUCAGAGAUGCACUGCGACUGGUGGAUGAGAUCAACGUGCCUGAAUCAGACUUUGAAUCUCUCCUCGAAAGGCGCCUUGUGCCGUUCCCAUCAACGACCUCCGCUACCGAUACUGUGUCUCUUCCGGCCUCCCAGGCAGUCCCGAAAACCGUCACCGGUGCCACAUCGACGACCACCGCGGCAACAUUCACAAUCGAUUACUCUGUCGAUGGCGGUUUAUCUGCUGCGAACAAGGAAGAGGAGGAGAAGAGACGGGCAGCAGCGGUUGCCAAUGCCUUGCCAGAAUGGCACAGCAAGUCAACUGUCAGCGGAGACCUCACCUACGCUGGGAAACCAGCGGCAGCCGACGUAUCCUACGUUGCUGGCACGGCUGCUGCUGGGGCUGUUCCUGCCGCUGGUACGGAGGAGAAGAAGGCUGAUAUCAAGGAGGUCGAGGCUAACGAUGAGAUUGCGGCAUUCUAUGCUGCUCUGGCUGCCGAUCGGGAGAAGACUGCUGCGGCUGCAGCUGCUGAGGAGGCAGAAGACGAAGAUGAGGAUGAGGAUGGAUUCGAGGACGUGCCGAUGGCUACCCUGAGUGCGGCGCCCGUUCCAACAACGACUGAUGUGAUCAGGCCACCAAAGACAGACAGUGAUGACAGCGAUGAUGACGAUGAUGCAUUUGAAGACGUGUAAGGGUUGCAAUUAUCUUCGCACGAAGGUUUCAUAGAAUGUCAUGGGUAGCCGUUGAGCAUACACACUAAUCUAUUCCGUACAAUGUGUAUUGGGGUAAUGAUGGUAGCAAUGCAGAUGUAACAUUCCCUUGCCUCCCUUC